UCUUUCCAGAGCAGAGAAAAACUGGGAGCUGCUGUACUCUCUUCUCCCUCUGGCCACCAGCCACCUGCAUUACUCAGAACAGUUACACCUUGCAAGGCACGAGCUCUUGUGAUGGCUGAACUUUUUAGGGUGGCUCUGACAGACCUGUGAGGAACCCCAAGCAUUCCUGCUUUCUUUUUAGGGGUUGUUGGUUAUUUCUAAGCCUGAGAGCACUUGCUGUCUGGGGAACAAAUCUGCAUAGCCUUGCCAGUAAUGUGAGCAUCACGGAUGGAAGUAAUGGUUCACAGGUGGGAUUAAUGAUUGACUAGGCGGGAUGAAGUGCAAGGAAGUGCUUGCUGAUUGGGACACUUCUGGAAAAGGCGCGAAACCUGUGUGCCAGCCUCCAUCCAAGGGAGGUGGCAGAAGUGCCAUGUUUUCAGGUACACGCUCGGCCACACAAUGCUGCCGCAGGACUGCUGGGCUGGGCUCUACCUGCUGCUGCUCUGCCAAAGCUGCUGGCUGGAGGCUGCCAGGGGUUUGGAGGAAGCAGUGAAGUGUGAAAGCAUUACUGAAGCACCCCUUGGUCAAGAGGCAAAUUUCUCUUGCGACUUCUUGCUUCGUAUGAAUGUCUUUCAAGUAACAUGGCAGAAGAUAAACGGAUCUUCUGUCUGGAACAUAGCCACUUACAGCCAAACCCAUGGACUGCGACUGCAAGAAUCAUUUCAGAGGAAGGCACGACUCACUGUAGCAGCCCUGAACACCUCAGCCAUCACUCUGCAAAACCUCACUUCUGAGGAUACAUCCUGUUACAGAUGCAUCUUCAACGUGUUCCCUCAUGGCUCUUUCAGCAGCCCAGAUCUAUGCCUCAAAAUCCAGAAAAGUGGAAAUGCAAACAGAACAGAAGUCAAUAUGCUGGUUAUAAGUUCCCCCAGUACAAGAGGUAUUUCUGGUACUCAGAAGAGAAUAGACCUUGUGGUGUUCUUCAUAGGUGCUGUCUUAGGAACCUUGAUACUUCUCAUCACGUGGCUAAUCAAAAGAAGGAGGAGAAAACUUCAGAUGCCCAGACCACUUAGCACACCUGAAAAGGAGAAGGGCUUACAGGAGGAUGUAUGUGAGCAAUCCGUAAGCCUGAAAACGCCAAAGGUCCAAGGCAGCGCUUAUCAAAAUGAGAGGCAGACACCAGGAUCUUCACAUCACAAAAGGCUACUAAAUCCAAGGAGAAAUCUGGAAGGGAACACAGAAAGAGAAACCGGGAAGCAGGAUGUAAGUGAGCUAUCCAGUAGCCAGAAAACGCCGAAGGUCCAAGGCAGUGCUCAUCUGAAUGAGAGGCAGACACCAGGAUCUUCACUUCGCAAAAGGCUACUAAAUCCAAGGAGAAAUCGGGAAGAGAACAAAGAAAGAGAAUCCUGGAAUAGAAAAAGGAGGCUUCCAACUUCAGAGGAAGCUGGCAGCCAAGGCAAGUACGCAUAG